GCGAUUCUACUCUUCGAAAAGAAGAGCCCGUUUCUAUUUUGUUUCUGUUGUGCCCUGAAACUGCGUCUGCAAACCCCACUGUUCCUGCUCUUCGUACCGCAUUCCGCGUACGUUCGACCUGGAACUAUCAAGUCCGCUCAGAAUAUCCCGAAUCUUUAUCGGACUAUAUUCACCUAAUAAUUACAAGAAUGGCGAACGGAUGGAGUAUAAUUAUCGGCCUCGUCUUUGUUGUCCUUGCGAACCUCGUUGCGUGGGUGUUUAGUCCCAAGGGCGAAAACAGAACGGUAUGGCGAAGUUCAUUAAUUCUCGCUUUCACAGCAUGUUAUCUUAUGUGGGCCAUCACGUUUCUUUCACAAUGGCACCCAUUGAUAGCCCCUCAAAGAUCCGAUAUACGGCCGGGAAUGGCUCCCCAUUAGUGUGGGCACGAUGAGGCCAUAUUGAUGAUUUUUUACACUUUCAUUUCCUGGGUGAUAUCCUCUAUCUACUUUUUUCCUGCGAGUUCUACACGUCCAUUUUGGCGUUU